AUGAGUGAUGGAGGAACACCUCCUAUUAGUUCUAGUGCCGGGUAUGUUAAUGCCGGUACUAGUAGUGGAGCUGCUGAUGCUGAAAAUGAGAUCAUAGAUGAUAAAGCACCGUUGUGGAAAUUUGUGAAGAAGAUUCAAAAAGGGCAAGGUAGAGGAGGUUGGAAGUGGCAGUGCAAUUUCUGCAAAUUGUACUCUUAUACUAGAGUUCGUAGUCAUUUAUUGAAAGAAGGAACAGCGGGGGUGGCAAUUUGCACUAAGGUUACUCCUCAUGCCUUUACUGCAAUGACCAAGUUGGCAAGAGAAUCCAAGGAGAGAUUAAUAAAUGCAGCUCCUCGACAUGUUCCUCUACCAUCAUCACAACAGCAAGGAGGGAGUUCCUCUACUAGUAGCUAUGGGAUGAGUUAUCAUGCUGGUUCUGUUGAAAAGGCCUUCCAAAACUCAGCUAGGGAGCAAUGUGAUGGUGAGGUUGCAAGGAUGUACUACACCGGUGGCUUAUCUUUCAACCAAGCUAGAAAUCCACACUAUCGAAACUCCUACAUUCGUGCUUCUACCCUUCCAGGCUAUAUUCUACCAGGCUACAAUGCUUUAAGGACCACACUUCUUGCAAAAGAAAGGAAAAAUAUUGAGCAUCAUUUGAAGCCAAUCAAGAAAACAUGGAAAGAUAAAGGUGUGAGUCUUUGUAGUGAUGGUUGGUCUGAUGCACAAAGAAGACCAUUGAUUAAUGUGAUAGCCACUUGUGAGAGUGGUCCGAUGAUGUUGAAGGCUAUAAACUGUCAAGGGGAAUUCAAGGAUCAUGCGAUGAUUGCAUACUUGAUUAUAGAUUCCAUUAAAGAAGUGGGUUGGGAAAAUGUAGUGCAAGUGAUCACCGACAAUGCUCUUGUUUGUUCCAAGGCCAGUGAUAGCAAGUAUCCUACUAUUUUUUGGACAACAUGUGUAGUGCAUACUUUGAAUCUUGCUGUCAAGAAUAUUUGCACACCUUCAUUACUUUCAAGCAAUGCGGAUGUGUUUGAUGCAUGUUGUUGGAUACAGCCAGUUUCUGAGGAUGUUAUGUUCAUCAAGAACUUCAUUAUGAAUCAUGGAAUGAGAUUAGUCAUGUUUAAUGACCAUUGCAAUUUGAAGUUGCUUUCGGUUGCUCCCACAAGAUGGUCAUCAGUCCAAAGUGGGAUGAUUACAAAAAAGAUGAUGUUAGGAAGGCAGCUUCUGUGA